AUGGAUUUUGAUGAGCGAAUAUCUGGCUCCAACAUGUAUUUACCUAGCUGCACUUACUACGUCUCCGGAGCGGACUUCUCCAGCCUCCCUCAUUAUCUCAGCCAGAGCCAGUCGUCUUGUCCCAUGACAUACUCCUACCAGUCCUCAACUCUGCCACAGGUCCCCUCCGUCAGAGAUGUGGCUUUCAGAGACUAUGGCAUUGACGCGUCCAGUAAGUGGCACCACCACAGGGGAAGCCUGUCACACUGCUACGCCGAGGACAUCGUGCACCGGGACGGUCUAUCCAGCCCGGCUGCACUGGGGGACAUAUUCGCGAAAAAUAACUCCGGCGCUUGCCACUCCAGCCCGAACGCGACGCCGGGCUUCUACGGAGGAGGCGUCGGGAGGAACGGAGUGUUACCGCAAGCGUUUGACCAGUUUUUCGACACUGCCUACGGGAGCGCAGAGAGCGCGACGCCCACGGAGCACGCCGAGCACAGGGCUGCCGCCAAGCUGGGCACGUCGGCUCCGGCUCCGGCUCCGGCUCCGGCCCCGGCCCCGGCGGCGGAGACGUGCGGCGGAGCGGCGGAGGACGGGCGGCGAGACGCGGAGAGCUGCAGCCCGAAGCCGUCCGCGGCUCACGGCGAGGAAAAGCACCCCAAGACCCACAGUGCGGGCCAGAGGACGCGCAAGAAGAGGUGCCCCUAUUCCAAAUACCAGAUCCGGGAGCUGGAGAGGGAGUUCUUCUUCAGCGUGUACAUCAACAAGGAGAAGCGGCUGCAGCUCUCCAGGAUGCUCAGCCUGACGGACCGCCAGGUCAAGAUCUGGUUUCAGAACCGGAGGAUGAAGGAGAAGAAGCUCAACAGGGACCGUUUACAGUACUACACCACAAACCCUCUGCUGUGA